AUCAGCUGUUUACACUUGACAGUUCGCGACAGCGAUUUUAGUGAUUACAAUUGUUUAUGCCACACAGUCAAGAGAAGCCGAUUGUAUAGGACAAACACAAUGUCAUAGAAUUGAAACAUUACAAAAAGGAAAUUCAGUUUUUAAACCGAGUCUGCUAUGAAUUUUUUGAGACAACAAGUGACUGCAUUGACAAGACGCAGUCUAUUUCUAAGUGAAAGAUGUUAUCCCAUCCGAUAUGACAGUAACACCAGCAAAGAUGGUGAUGAUAAGAAGAAGACGACCGAAAGUGAUGUGUUCGAUAACAAAUUGAUGGUCCGAGAUUCAUUUGAUAGCAUUGCCGAUAAGACCAAAAACUCCUACCUGACUAUGGUCGACAUAUUCCUGGAUCGAGACGUUCAUCGCCGAAAUCACGUUGAAUUCAUUUACGCAGCGCUAAAGAACAUGGAAAGUUUCGGCGUGCACCGGGACAUUGAAGUGUACAAAGCGCUGAUGAAUGUCAUGCCGAAAGAGAAGUUCAUACCGAGGAAUAUAUUUCAGGCCGAGUUUAUGCAUUAUCCGAAGCAGCAGCAAUGCAUGAUCGAUCUAUUGGAACAAAUGGAAGAUAAUGGUGUAAUGCCUGACUUUGAAAUGCAGGACAUACUACUAAAUACGUUCGGGCGUCGUGGCCAUCCAACAUUGAAAUAUAUGCGUAUGAUGUAUUGGAUGCCUAAAUUCAAGAAUUCGUCACCAUGGCCACUGCCCAAUCCUGUACCCAAUGAUGCGUUGGAAUUAGCUAAACUGGCCGUAACCCGAAUGUGUACGGUUGAUCUACAUUCAAAUGUGGAUGUGUACGAUACAAGUGAAGUGGAAUCCUCUAUCGACGAAACGUGGAUCGUAAGUGGAAUGAGUCAAGAACAAUCGAAACUCUUAGCUCUGCACAGUGUGGACAGGCCUUUGCGUAUCGAGGGACCCAAUUUAAUAUGGUUGCGGAAUCAGUCGCUAAAUUAUUUUAUCUUAAAAGGCGAUCCGGUAGAGUACCCUGAGAACCAAGCACAGGACGAAGAUGAUGAUGAUGUUAGCAAUUUAUCCUUCACCAAAUUUGGCUGGGCUAGUUCGAAGAAGAAGGAAGUCGCUGUCCGUCGAUCGGUACACGAACAACGCGAUGGCACGAUUUAUGCAAUAUGCGCAACCGGUACAUCGACAAAGGAUUCGCUACUGUCUUGGAUUCGUUUAUUGGAAACGAAUGGCAAUCCACGUCUGGCCGAAAUACCGGUUUUGUUCAAAUUUCGAUCGCAUGUGGCUGAGAACCUUCUGGCUUCCGGAUGAGAGUUCAUUGAUCAUGUAGUGAGAGUGUCAUUGUAAAAUAAAUUUAAAAUCUUUGAUUUUGCCAAA